UUUCUUGUCCGCCACGAUAUACAGGAAAUGCUUAUUACAGAUGUGAUAAAUUGGAAUGUUUGAGAAAUGAUGAGUGCAAGGAUCACGAGAUAUGCGAUCAGCAUCUUUAUAAGUGUAUUGAUGCAUGCAAGGCACCUACCGUUUGUGGUGAAAAUACAGUUUGCAUUCCUCAGUCGCACAGUUAUACUUGUAGAUGUAAAGACAGUUACUAUGGGGAUCCUGUUGCUGGCUGUAGAAAAAUUAUUACUUGUGAAGUCGAUCUUAAUUGUCCAUCUGGUGAAUUGUGUCAAAAAGGUGUAUGCAUGGUACCCUGUAAUUCUGACAGAGACUGUGGUCCAAAUGAUCGCUGUGACAAAGGAAGAUGUAUCUCUGUUUGCCGAUCAAAUAAUGAAUGUCCCCAAGGCCAAGCGUGUAGGGAAGGAACAUGUGAAACUGUUGAUCGAUGCGAAAAUGAUAAUAUAUGUGAUGAAUCUCUUGCCUGUCGCAGAGGAGAUCAAGGAUAUAUGGAUUGCUUGGAUCCGUGUGCCCUUACUGUUUGCGCUCGCAAUUCCAUUUGUUUAUCCAGAAAUCACGUUGCCGUUUGCCAAUGUCAAGAAGGAUACAUUGGCGAUCCAUUGAAUAGAGGAUGUGAUCCAGUGGAUUGUCAAAAGCAUGAAAAUUGUCACCAUAAUGAAGUUUGUGAAAAUUAUAAAUGUGUCGAUCCAUGUCAAUUGCAAAAUUUCUGCGGCAAUAAUGCGUACUGUGUUGCACAAGCUCAUUCUGCAGUUUGUCGUUGCC